GUCUCUAGUACCAGGGAGGGAGCUGGGGUCUCCUAGCCACUGUUCCAUUUCCAGUAGGGCCCAGGUGUCUGUGUCACAGCUACUGUCACCCUGUGACCUGUAGGUACUGGACGAUCCAUAGGAAGGACACUGGGACACCCCAGAAGCUGGGAAAUGUUUCUCUCUUUUGCAGAGUGGAGAUUUUGACAGUGGACAGCUCUGUUCUGUGUCCUGUGAUCUGGAUAUCAGUUGAUAGGAGCUCGUUCCACAAUCGAUUGUGACAAAGCACAAAUGAGUGUAGCCUCUUCUGCACUUCAAGGUCCUUUUGCCUGUGGGUGUGAUGCAAGGGUUGUGCUGAUGCCUUGAAAUGCGUGUUCUCAAGAUUCUACUGUGAUUUGUCUGGAUAAUCCCACCUGACAAGGAAUCCUGGAGGAGGAGGAAGUAGAGGAAGAAAUGGCUGGUUCUCAGGGAAUGCUAACAUUCAGAGAUGUGGCCAUAGAAUUCUCUGUGGAAGAGUGGGCAUGCCUGGAUCCUGCUCAAUGGAAUUUGUAUAGGGAUGUGAUGUUAGAGAACUACAGAAACCUUGUCUUCCUGGGUCUUGCUGCCUCUAAGCCGGACCUGAUCAUCUUCCUGGAACAAAGGAAAGAGCCUUGGAAUGUGAAGAGGCAUGAGAUAGCGGCCAGACACUCAGAUACAUUUUCUCAAUACAACCAAAGUCUGUGGGAAAAACAGUGCAUAGAAGAUCCAUUCCAAAAAGUUUUAUUGGGAAUAUUUGGGAGUUGUGGCCUUGAAAAAAUACAUUUACGGAAAGACUGGGAAAGUGAAAGUAAGUUUGAAGAACAGAAAUCAUGUUAUGAUGGACAUAAAAUAUGUACAACUACCUGUCAUACAAACAUCAAUGAUAGAAAAAGUCAGAAAUGUAAAAUAUUUUGGAAAAAAUCUCCAUUUAUUUCAGCUAAUCUUUCUGAACCACAUGGUUCUAAAAAUAAGUAUCAAUAUCACCUCUUGGAACAUAAAUUUCAUCUGAAACGAAAUUUGGAAAACUUAAAUAGUGACCUAGGCCAUGUUAAAAAUGGUGAUUGGGAUCAAUUAAAAUGUAGAAUUGAGUUAAAUGGUCAGUCAGAUAUUUCUGAAGAUCUGAGACUUCAAAAUGAAGGGAACAUUUCUAUAUAUGAUCAAUUUGAUGGGUCAUUUUUAAAAAGUUUAUUAUAUUUACACCCAAAACAUGCAAAAAUCUAUGAUUUUGAUCAGUAUGGGACAAUCUUUACCCAUUCAUCAUUGCUUAAGCAAUAUCAGGGAAUAGAUUAUUGGAGAAGACAUUCCACCUAUGACAAAUCUUUAAUGUCCUUUAACCAGGACACAAUGUCCUCUACUGUAAAUGAUUACCAGGAUAUUUAUAUUGAAGACAAAAAUUUUCAGUGCCAUAAAUCUGAGAAAACCUCCAACCAAGGCGCUAGCCCUAGGAAAUGGCAGAAAACGCAUUUUUCAGAGAAGCAUUGCAAGUGUGCAACACAUGAGAUAGUCUUUCAUCAACACUCAAAGCUUAUCUUCCCUCAGUGUAUUCAAAUUCAAGAGAAGUCUUAUGAAUGUAACAAAGGCUCAGAAGCUUCUUCUCAGUCAUCAAAUCAUAAUCAACAUCAAGAAAUCAAUUUUGGAGUAAACGUAUACACAUACAGUAAAUGUGAGAAAGACUUUAGUCAAUCAUCAAAUUUUAAAAAGCAAGAGAUAAUCCAUACUGAAGAGAAACUCUACAAAUGUAAUGAAUACGGGAAAGCUUAUAACCAUAUUUCACACCUUAGUCAACAUCAGAAAAUUCAUAAUGAAGAGAAACCCUACAAAUGUAAUGAAUGUGGUAAGGCCUUUAAUCAUAGUUCACAUCUUACUGAACAUCACAGAAUUCAUACUGGAGAGAAACCUUACAAAUGUAAAGCAUGCAGUAAAUCUUACACGCAUUCUUCAACUCUUAUUCAGCAUCAGAGAAUUCACACUGGAGAGAAACCUUACAAAUGUAAUGAAUGUGGCAAAGCCUUUAAUCAUAGUUCAAAUCUUACUCAACAUCAGAGAAUUCAUACUGGAGAGAAACCGUACAAAUGUAUAGAAUGUGGCAAAGCCUUUAACCGUAGUUCAGAUCUUACUGAGCACCAGAUAAUUCAUACUGGAGAAAAACCCUACAAAUGUAAAACAUGCAAUAAAUCUUUUACUCGUUAUUCAAGUCUUAGUCAUCAUCAGAAAAUUCAUACUGGAGAGAAACCCUACAUAUGUAAAGAAUGUGGCAAAGCCUUCAUCUACUGUUCAAAUCUUACAGAACACCAGCGGAUUCAUACUGGAGAAAAACCCUACAAAUGUAAAGCUUGCAGUAAAUCUUACACUCAUUAUUCAAGUCUUAUUCAGCAUCAAAGAAUUCAUACUGGAGAGAAACCUUACAAAUGUGAAGAAUGUGGCAAAUCUUUUUACCUUAGUUCAAUUCUUAGUCGACAUAAAAGAAUUCAUAGUAGAAAGACUCUAUAGGUAUAAUAAACAAGUAAAGCAUUUUAUCAAAAAUAUGAAACUUAGAAACACAAGAAAGAUGUUAGAGAAAGUUUAUGGAUAUAAGUAAGAGAAGUAGUUAAUUAAAACUCAUCUAAUUGUAUGAAAUGAGUCACAAAAAAAGAAAAAAAAAAACUAAAGCAGACGCUUUCAGGCUUUACACCAAACCAGAGUAUUUAUUACAGAGAAUAAUCCAAAGACAGAAGCAAUCAUAUAAUUGAUUCAUGUGUUUCAAAAGAUCAAGAACAUUGAUAUUUGGACAGAUGUAAUUAUAAUCAGUCAAUACUUUACUUGUAUUGGCAGUGUUUGUAAAACAAGUAUUUUUAAUGUACUUCAAUUCUCAAGUCAGGUGAAGCUAUGCCUUAAUCUCUUGUGUUCAUAUAGAAAUAGGCAGUCUGUUGUUUCUGCAUCAGAACUAGGCACCAUUCUAUAUUAGGUGGACAUUAUUAAUAUGAAUUUUGUUAUGGAUAGAUAAUGACAAAUGUAAUAUAUGUGAAGAAAAUCUAAAGGAUUGUGAUGUUGUGUUUGAAUUAUAAAACAGCAAUGCAUCUAAGCAUAUGGUGUAUGUCCAGUGUGUUACUUUUCUGUAUCAAAGUAAAAGGAACAUUCUGAAUUUUAUAAAUAAAUUAUUUUACCAAUUGUU